AAUAUGUUAAUUUUUAUCAGCCUAUCUGUUUAUUAACAAUAUUGUUGAGUAGCGGGAGAGGACAUUGAAAUCUUGCUCUUAAUAAUUACCAAAACAAAAUCGUGAAAUUUGUUAAUGACUGAUUUGUCUAAAAGGACAUGGAUAUAGAAUCAAGACCGUUAUUGGGGAAAUCGGAUUCCAAAUGUUUUGUAAUAUUUCUGACGUGCAUGGCCGCAAUGGGUGGACUGCUCUUUGGUUAUGAUACCGGGAUCGUUUCCGGAUCCAUGUUGCUCAUCAAGGAUGACUUUAAACUGUCGUCUGUGUGGCAGGAAGCCAUAGUUAGCGCCACUAUUGGUGCCGCUGCCGUAUUUGCUCUGAUUUCCGGAACACUCGUGGACGUACUAGGAAGAAAAACCGUCAUCAUGGCUUCCAGUUUCAUCUUCACAGCUGGCGCGGUUGUUAUGGCGCUGUCGCCUGUUGAUUUGAAGGAGGUAUUGCUCGUCGGACGGUUAAUAGUUGGGGCAGCAAUAGGGUUUGCAUCUAUGUCCGUACCUGUUUACAUCGCUGAAGCCGCUCCUACCAACAUUCGGGGGUCUUUGGUUACCAUGAAUCAACUCUUUAUAACCAUUGGGAUCCUUUUAUCCAGCAUUGUGGCCGGAGCUUUCAGCACUAACAAAGAUAACGGAUGGAGGUAUAUGUUGGGGCUUGCUGGAGUUCCCAGUGUAAUCCAGUUUUUCGGAUUCUUCUUCCUGCCAGAGAGUCCUCGGUGGUUGAUUUCCAAAGGACGUCACACACAAGCCAGGUCCGCGCUUGAAAGGAUACGGGGAACUCAAGACGUAGCUGAUGAAUUAAAUCUUAUUCAGCAAUCUGUCAACGAAAUGAGCGAGGAGAAUAAAUAUAACGCCUUCCAAGCCUUUGUACUGAUGAUGAAGACACAGCCAGUGAGACGCGCUCUUGUACUGGGCUGUCUCCUGCAACUGUUUGGGCAGUUCAGUGGAAUCAACACUGUCAUUUACUAUAGUGGUACCAUUUUGCGCAUGUCCGGAUUUCCCUCAGACCUCGCCAUUUGGUUAGUUUGUAUUCCUUUUGCUGUUAAUUUUCUAUUCACCUUUAUCGGGGUCUACGCUGUUGAGAGAGCAGGUCGCAGGAUCCUCACCCUAAGUAGUUUUAUCGGAAUCAUCAUCGCUUUGGUUGUUCUGGGACUCGGAUUUUGGCUUUCUGAUGAACAUUCACCAUCCAUACACCAUCAUCUGGAUAAUUCCUCUAUCUGCCACACAAAAUAUCAAACAUGUGGUACGUGCAUCAAGGAUGACAACUGUGGAUUCUGUUGGGAGAAGAAAGACCCGGACACCUCCGGUUAUUGUCUCCACGUGUAUAAGACCCAUCCAGAGCGAUAUGCCGAGCCCGAGGUCAAUACCACCAGCUACAACGAAUCCCUGUGUAACAAAACCUACGACACAAAGAACUAUGGCUGGGCCAACGACUUCUGUCCUACAGACUACUCGUGGAUGGCGGUUCUGGGACUUGCACUUUUCGUCAUGUCAUUUGCACCAGGACUUGGUCCGAACCCCUGGACAAUCAAUUCAGAGAUUUACCCGCUAUGGGCCCGAGGGACAGGGAUCUCUAUAGCUACCGCUGUUAACUGGGCAGCUAAUCUUGGAGUCUCGUUUUCAUUUCUAACUCUCUUGGAAACCAUCACUACAUACGGAACGUUCUUCCUAUACGCGGGAACAUCAUUCGUGGGCUUUGUCACACUUUAUUUCCUCCUACCUGAAACCAAGAACAGGUCUCUGGAAGAAAUAGAGCAGCUUUUUAUGACUGAGGCAUACAGAGCCCGGAGGGAGUCGCAGAGGCAAUACAAUGUCCAGAGUGCUGCUUACAGGAGCGAUAUACAUGAUGACUCGCCACCAAUUAUGUAACCUUAACAACCUGUGCGCAUGCCGACAGCCUUCUAGCAGUGACUAAGCUGACGGAAAUAUAUCAUCGACUACCUCAUCGUGAUUUGACAUUAGUCAUCUCCCAUAUUUACAGGCAUUGAAAUGAUCUUGUGUGAAUAUACUAUCAGCUAAAUUAAUAAUGUACACACAUAUAUAUACAUGUAUAAUGACUUUGUAUGUUCCUGUGGUUUGUGAAAACAAAUUGCACAGGUCCGAUAAAUUUUGAUGUGUGAAUAAGUAUUUUGACUUUAUAUAUAUGAACUCUGUACUCCUUCAUGCAUCAUGAUCGCAGAUCAAAUCAAACUUUUAAUUUAUUGCACUACACACACUAUUUGCAAGGGUCUGUCUCUUGAGGUGAAUUCCCUCUUUUUAUGAAUGAAAUUCUACAUGUACAACCAAUGUAGUUUUCAUACUGGCUUCUAAAAAGUUUUUUUUCUGCUUGCGAUUUCCUUUUCAUCACAAACUAAGUAUAAAUAUGUAAGACUGACACCAGGAAUUCCAUGGAUGAAGCAUCAGUUGAUGAGUAAAGUUUCAUGUUUUAAUGUGGGGUUUCAUAUUACAACAGUAGAUAAAUGUUUAAAGUCUAUUCAAGCUUCUCGUAAAUUGCAUAUGUAGCUCUCUAUCUCAUUAAUUUCUUACUCCGUUUCAAAUUUUAAGAUCCAUAUUUAGUUGACUUGAGUUUCAGAAAAAGUUGUAAAGAUUUUGGAAAGAUAUGUUGAAAAUCUAUAGACAUUCAAAAGCUAAAAACUUCACAAAUACCGGGAAAAAUUCGACAAGACUUAUUUUAUUUCUUUUUUAUGGUUUUUAAAUCAUAAAUUUUACUUUAUAUUAUAUUUAUGUUUAUUUAACAAAAGCAUAUGAUAAUCACCUAAAUGUUGAGCCUUACAUGAUUCAAUGCCAAUAAGCACGUAGAAAUACGGUAGACCCCCAUUUUUGAAAUUUAUCUUUGGUAUAUAUACAUGAACAAAAACACACAUAUAUAAUUUAAAUAAAGAGAUUACACUGUAUAAUGAAAUAUAUUUUGAAAACUUUUCUUACGAGUUUCAUGCUCAAGAGCUAACAUCCUUAAUUAAAGGAGUUUCAGUUGUAAAUUUCCAUGGAAAAAUAAAAAUUCAUUCUGUAUUUCUAAUCUUGUUUAUCUUGACGUGUGAACAAAUCACCAGAAACUGGAUUGAAGCAGAUUCUGUUUGUAAAAAUAUUAAAAUUCCAUGAUGUCAAACCAGA